AUGACGACAGUUUCACUAUUGAUACCGCCAUUUUGUCGCUAUCACACAUUGCCGUCAUACUGCCAGUUUUCUUCACCGUUUGCCUCACAGUUCGCUCAUCUCCAGAUACUAUCACCAUGGCGUCGUACACUCAAGCUCUUGACCUCGUGAUCAGGUUCCCUUUGAACUUUGACAUCUGGGCCCCUCCUCGCCAACGUCCUACUGGGAGAUACAUGACCAUCCUUGAGCCCCUAUCUGAGCUCCCCGUCCCUCACACCUCCCUCCCUGUCCCUCUCUCUACCCCCGUCCUCCGUGAUGCCCCUUACUUCGUCGAUAUCAACCUCGAUGAUGACGACACCCCGACCCAGUCCCCAGUUCGAAUCUUCCUAUCACGUGUGUCUGGAUUCUUGAGGAGACUGUUCCGUGUCAAGAUGGACGCUUAGACAUCUUGCUACAUCUUUGAUUCUUAAGGAGACUG